UAGCACAAUACAGCGCAAUGAACUCCCUCUAACAGCCCGAAGCCGUCGCGUGAUCUCAAACUCAACUUUGUCUUUUGUUGAUUUGUCUAAUUCCCGCAAGUGUCUGCCAUGCUCGUUCAACGUGUAAAGCCAAGAAGAGAUCCCAGUCAUUUCAAAUACUUCAUGAUCCUUGCUGUCGACGCCUGAACCCAAGGAUCCCGACGAUAAAGGCACUUGAGCUGUGAAAGCAGCGCCUCUAACUUCCUAUCAUGACAAUGCUUCGACUUGCUUUCUCUCUAAUUCUAUGUUUUUUGGCUUUGCCCUGCGUUUCUGCACACGGAUAUCUCGCAUACUUGGGGAUUGAUGACGACCAGUCGUACACAAAUUACACUGGAAAUGUACCCAAUGCUGAUCCGAGUCCUAGUGUCAUUCGACAGGUCUCUGACAUAAGUCCCGUCAAAGGCGCCUCAAACCCUGACCUCAACUGCGGAUUAAACGCCCAAUUCGCUCAAAAAGUAGCUAGUGCGAAUCCUGGAGACCUUUUAGUGUUUGACUGGCGCGGAGGAGAUAAUACCAACUGGCCACAUAACACCGGACCUAUGCUUACCUACAUGACCUCUUGCGGCUCCUCAGACUGCACGCAAUACAACUCAUCCUCAUCAAAAUGGUUCAAGAUAGCAGAAAUUGGUAUCGUCACGAAUGCGACAUCAAGCAACUCCCCUGUUUGGGCCCAACAGAGCGUGAUGAACGGGGCAUUCACCAACGUUACUCUUCCAUCUACGCUUUCUCCCGGCAAUUAUCUCAUUCGCCAUGAAAUCAUUGCGCUGCAUCUCGCGACGGCCCUUGGUGGAGCUGAAUUCUACCCUGCUUGUUCUCAAGUAAAAGUCGGAGGGAGUCAGACUGGCAUGGCCGAGGACAGCGAGAUGGUGUUGUUCCCUGGUGCAUAUAAGGAUACAGAUCCCGGAAUAUAUGAUCCUGAUGUGCGUCUGUAACUCUUCGAAUUCCCUUCGUUUGUGUACCAACCAGGUUACUAACUCCAUCCCACCUAACUUAGGUGUAUUCCUCAAACUCUUACACUUUCCCUGGACCCCCGAUUGCAGCCUUCGUGACUGCCUCUGCGUCCUCGUCUUCCGGCUCCUCUUCCUCGUCAACGUCUUCUGCUCCUACCGCUACCACCGGUUCCACUCCUGGAUCCUCUU